AAGUAGUUCUUUUUAGCUUCCUAGCUAGGUUUGAGGAGUAACUGUGUGUUUUCGUAGGACAAGGAAAAAAUCUCAGAAACUCUCAAAGCUUUGGGAAGCAUAUCAAAAACCAAAAUACGAGAUGAAACAAGAGCAUCUGGACUUGAAGGGGCCCAGUCCUCCAGGUCUGGUUGUAGGACUCAAUCUUUCAAAUAAGGACUUUAAAUAUUUCUGAGCUUCGACCCAACCGUGAACUACCAGAAUCUACCAGAAUCUGGCCACUGUUUGAAGCUGCCAGAAGAAUUAAAAAGGGGUUUUUGACCCUUGACCCUCCACUUACCUGCUCCAUCCUCUUCAACUGUCUCGGCCAAUGAGACGCAACAUUGGUGACGCUACCUGACAACAGCAGCUGAUCUGGUAUUGUCCUGUAGUGUGUGUGUUCGUCCUUAUACCAGUCGUCCAGCUCCUUUUCUUAUUUGGUCCAUGGAAGGAGGACGUGUACGAGCGUCUCUUCCUGCGGAUUGAGGGGAAAACUUGCUUCAUCGCCUCAGACGGAAACUACAAACACAAAACACCCCGUGACGUGUCUUUCCUGCUGAGUUGCAGCAUGUGGGAGGAGAACUUUGACACUGAGCAUGAGGUUGGACGCAAACUGGACUACUCGCCGGUGUCGUGGCGGGAGUAUUUUGACCAAAUGGAGGACGUGAGCGUGGGGCCGGCCGACAGCAGGGACGUCUUCAGGAUCUACAAAGCAGGAAGUGAUGGACCACUGUUGGUCCUUCUGCACGGAGGAGGACACUCUGCACUGUCCUGGGCCGUCUUCACAACUGCCAUUGCCAGCAGAGUGACCUGCAGGGUACUUGCCAUGGAUCUCAGGGGCCACGGUGGCACCGUGGUCCGCCAAUCGGACGACUUCUCAACUCAAACUAUGUCGAGCGACGUAGCCAACGUGAUUCGAACCUGCUACGGCGAGACUCCGCCCCCAAUCGUCUUGAUUGGCCACGGAGUCGGAGGGGCGAUAGCAGUGCAUACGGCCAGCAACAUGCUAAUACCAACCACUGUGGGCCUGGUGGCUAUAGACGUCGUGGAAGGCAGUGCGACGGAUGCCCUCCACAGCAUACAGAACUUCCUGAAGGGAAGACCCAAGUCUUUUAAGUCAAUGGACCACGCAAUAGAAUGGAGCGUAAAAAGUGGACAAAUAAGGAACUUGGAAUCUGCCAGAGUCUCAAUGGUUGGCCAGAUAAAACGAUGUGAGGUGGAAGAGGCGGACAUCCGGGAGCAGGCCAGCCCAGACACCGACGUGGUUGUGGAGCGCAACGAAGAGUUCUACGAUCAAAGCUACGUUACCGACAAAGAAAACGCGGCCUCAGAGGUGAGCCUCAGCGAAGGCCAGAGCGUGUACAAGUGGCGCAUCGACCUCUCAAAGUCAGAAAAGUAUUGGGACGGCUGGUUUCGAGGAACCUCCAACCUCUUCUUGGCCUGCAACCUGCCCAAACUCCUGCUGCUGGCUGGUAUCGAUCGGCUGGAUAGAGAUCUGACAAUUGGCCAGAUGCAAGGUAAAUUCAUGAUGCAGGUGUUGGCCCCUUGUGGUCACGCAGUGCAGGAAGACAAACCAGAGAAAGUGGCUGAAGCUGUGGCCUCCUUCCUGUUGAGACACAAGUUUGCUGAAGCCAUAAGAGAAACCAGGAGCUCCAACUCUUUCACUCGAUGAAGACCUGAAAGCAGAUCCUCUUCGUGACGAUCUCUAGAUAGGAGCACACAUUUCCUGGAAAACCAAUAGAAUCUUUUCUUUCUUUCUUCUUUUUUAACAUUUUUAAGUUCUUAGAGUGUCUCCAACAUAUGGUUCUGUUUCCCACUUCCAUUAUUAAAAAUCCAACUGCCGAAUAAACAUUAAGA